AUGAAGCCAUCCUUGUUCUUUCUUCCCUUCCUUCUUUUCCUUCUCACCACUCAGACUCAAUCAAUCUCCUCAGCCACCACCGACGAUUUCAUUUACGACAUUGCCGGGAAGAAGGUCGACAAAAACUCACCCUACUACAUUGGUCCGGUGAACGGAGGUGGAAUCAAGUUAUCCAACUCCAAGUGCCCAGUCCACGUGAUUCAGGACCCGAAAAAGGCUGACUCAUUCGAAUUCGUACUCAAUGCUGCCAAAGAACAGUUUCUGCGCAUAUCGUAUCCUCUCGGUGUCUCCAUCGACUUGACCAAAUCGAAUGGUAAAUGCAAGGAAUCAUCAUUUCUAAAGAUCGACGACAUGGAAUCCAAACCACCUGCAAACUUUAUCAGGAGUGGUGGGCUAUUCAACACACCCGUUUCGUGUUUUCAGCUUGUGAAGUACCCAAAGCCAACAAAUGCCAAAGUGGCGAGUUACCUGCUUCAACUGUGCCCCUCGGUUUGUGGUGCGGGUCCUAGUCGUUGCUUUAACAUCAGCAGUAGUGUUCACAAAGGCAUCAAAUAUCUUGGUGCCAGUGGUACUCCUUUGGAAUUGGUGUUCAAGAAGGCAUCUGCUUAA